UUUGCUGCCACGUUUCUAUGAGUCCACCGAGUGGAUCACAGAAUAGUGGGUCUCGCCGGAAAAGCUCGGUUCAUCGCCGGCGGUGAGUGAAAUGGCGUUGUCGACAUUGAAGCUCGUGAGAUGUUGUCUCCCUCCGACGGUCGGAGCAAAUGAGACAACUGUCAAGAAAUCUCUGCUUCCUCAUCAGGUAAGAAGCAAGGAAGAGCAAGAACGAGAAGCGCCUAAAGCCUUAUUUACUGUUUCACGUAGAGAUACGUUGCUGUAUUUAGCUGCUGUGUCUCUGAGUGGGGUAACUCUUAUGUCAACAAGACCGGUUGAAGCACGUGUUGGGAAGAUUGAGAACAAGAGGAAGGCAAUGAAAAAGCUCGAGAAGCUCAGGGAAAAGGCUGAAGAAAAGACCACCCAGGCCUCCAAUACCCCUGCCACCAAUGCCGUCGCCAUUUCCAGGUUCUGAAAGAAACCCAGCUGAGCGUUCAGUCUGAACAACUCUCCAAUGAUGGUAACGAUCCAUGUUGGUAAUUUGUUGUAGUGAGUAGCAGGACGUUUAUUUGCCAGAAUCUCAAGUUUCCAAAUCAAGCAUCCACGCAAAGCAGUCAUCUAGAUUUUUACUUUUAUUUUUAAUUUUUUUAAUUUUAGUGAAGUGUAAAAUUUUUAGCCAAACUGAAUUAUUCCAGCUUGUUUGUCUAGUUUUCUUUUUCUUAGAUUAAAAAAUUAAAAAAUAAUAAUAAUAAUGAAAUGUUUUUGUAACACAAUAA